CACUCGCGAGCACAUUACUUGGAACUGUUUAUCCUGUGAUAGAUUUAGAAAAAGAAAAAGAAGAAACUUAUUCACCAUUUUGUUUAGCGGGUGUUGAGCUGUUUUGUGCUAUGUAGCAAGUUAUGUGUAGCAUAAUGUAGCGGGAUUAUUUCAUCGUCAUUAGAGAGAUUACCGACAUAUAUAAAUGCACUCCGUGGAUCCUCUGCUGUCGAAAACAUUACACAACCCGCAAGUCACAUAGCGCGCUAAGCGAAACAAAAGCCGAUCGCGAUGGCGGGUUUCAGCGGCGGAGAUUGGGCCGUUUUCGUCGUCUCCCUAAUGGCUUCCUUGGGCAUCGGGAUUUGGGCGGGAUGGAUGGCCAAGCGGAACACGGGCGGGGAUGCGAAGGCAGCGGCUUCCGAAUUCCUCAUGGGCGGCAGGAAGAUGAAUCCCUUUGCAGUCGCCAUGUCCACCAUGAUCGGCGCCAUUUCUUCGGUCACGGUGGUGGGCAACCCCGCAGAGAUGUAUGCCUAUGGGACUCAGCUGUGGAUGAAUCUCAUUGGCACGACGAUCGGCAUGGUAUAUGUGCAUCUGGUUAUCCUCACCGUGAUGUAUCCACUCAAAAUCACGAGCGUUUAUACGUACAUCGAAAAACGUUUCGACUCAAAGGGCCUGCGUUCCUUCACCGUAUUCACAACGUUUAUCGGAACGUUUUUCUACCUCGGUUUAGUCUCGUAUUCCCCGUCACUUGCCAUGGAGACUGUCACAGGGUUUCCCGCGUGGGCCUCCAUUAUAAUAAUGGGGAUAAUAUGCACCAUUUACUCCUCUUGGGGAGGCGUGCGGGCGGUGGUGUACACAGACAUCCUCCAGACCUUCGUGAUGUUCGUGGGCGUCAUCGUGAUCAUAAUCAGCGCUACAGUGGAAGCGGGUGGACUCGAAAGCGUGUGGAGCGUCGCUGACGACCUGAGCCCCGACCCCCUCCAGCGCCACAGCCUCUGGACGGUGACGGUUCAGGGCUACUUCUUCGCGCUCCUCGUCUUCGGGAUGGGGCAGCCGCAGGUUCAGAGGAUCUGCUCGGUGGAGACGUGGAAUAAAGCCAUUUUCGCUCAUUACCUCAACCUGAUAGCCAACGUCACCGUCUUCUGCUGCGUGAACUUCAUGGGCAUCGCUGUGUAUGCCGUGUAUGCCAGCUGCGACCCCAUGGCCACUGGGGAGAUCUCGAAACCCGAUGAAAUAGUCCCCCAUUACGUCAUCGAUAGACUCUCCUACUCGUCGCAGAUCAACGCCGUGACGGCUGUGAUGUGGGAGGAUUUCUUCAAGAACUCGCAGUGGGUGGCCAGGAUGGCGGACAACAGGAAGCCUCUGGUUAAUGUUCUUGUCAGCGUGAUCACGGGCAUGGCAGGGAUCCUGGCGGGCGUGGUAGCCUCUCAGAUGGGCGGUUUGUUCCAGGUCGGCCAGACUAUCCUCGGGACUAUCCACGCCCCCCUCCUCGGCCUGUUCAUCCUGGGCAUGUGCUGUCCCUUUGCCAAUAAGAUCGGCGGCAUUGUAGGGUUCAGCGUCUCCCUCCUGUUCAACCUGUGGGUGACGAUCGGCGCGAUGCUGUACGGGAGAGCCACGCCUUAUUUGGAAUUCUCCGACGAAGGCUGCAAUGCCACGACGCCCUUUGACCUCACUACAACGACCCCCCUGGACUGGACGACCACGGAGUUCACUUCCUCUACCGACCCACAGGAGCCUGGAGAAAAAAGUAGGAUUUGCCCCGUGCCAAAUCUCAAAGCUAAUGGUGUGACUACGUUUUUCCUCUUUACUUGGUCUCCUACACUCUCUAUUCUCUCUUCGGUGUCUCUGUCACCUUUUUCGUCGGCACGAUCGUCUCUCUUUUCACAAAACCGUGGACAGCUGAUCAAUCGGGGAAAAAUUUACGUUCACCCGACGUUCUACAAACUGAUGAAGAUGUGGGAGGAGCGGCGGCCGCGCGAGGACCCAGCGGCGAGCACGAAGGACCUCGUCAGUCUGGAGAAGUUUUAG